AUGGCUGAAAAAGAAAAGAAGGAAACAGCAGAAGAGGUAAGAAAAAGGUCUAUGAAAAGACUAGCAGAAACCAAGGCAAGCGAAAAUACGAAGAAACCAAACAAACAGAGGCACAGCUCUGUGGAAUAUUUCCAAAUAAUGAACUUGAUUUAAAGCGGGAAGAAAUAGGGUUGAGGAAAAGGCAGAUAGCCAUUAAAGAAAAGGAAGCAGAAAUAGCAUUACAAAUUAAAGCAAACAAAGAAAAAAGAAAAAUAAAGAGAAUGAGAUGAAGAGAUACGUGCAAAAAAUGAAAGUAAUAUGAUUGCUAUACAUUACAACAACAGCUACAAGCCAUGGUUAUGCAAAUUCAGCAACAAAAUAAGCUGUUAUUGGAAUUGUUCAAUAACAAUAAAGAAAUAUUUUAUUAAAGUUAUUAUACAAAUAGUAAUGUGGAUAUAUUGUAUCUUUUGCGAAAUUCAUGCUGAUCUGAAGUGUGUAUGGGGAGAUAUCCUAAUUUGUCCUCCGCUGUUAUUCGUGUGAAUUGCAUUUGGGACUCUCGUAGUAGAAUUGGGUUUUGUAUCUCUAAAUGGUCUAAACAUGGGGAAACAGUACUGGCUAUACCCGCUCACAACUCUUUAAUAAAUGUUACGAUAUGUAUGGAUGUCCAUCCUAAUCCAGGACCUGCUGUUAACGAGGGAAACGAACACAAUUUCGGUAAGACCUCUGUAAACGACAGGCAUUUUCAAACUACACCUUCGUUUUGCAUGGGUGGUUCUGUGAUUAACUUUUCUCGCUCACAGCUUAUCAAUCUUCGUUAUGAGUCUAAUGUUCCAGUUUCUUCAAGAUUAUUGGCCUUAUUAAACAGUCAUAUGCUACUUAAAUAUAGAGGAUCUAGAGCUGGAAAAAAAACAGCGAAUUCGCCAAAUUUGUGUUCAGGCUGGUCAUAGAAUAUCGUACAAAAAGGAUUAUAAUCGGUAUGCAGAUUUUACUAAUCUCACCGAUAUUCACUGUCUACCAUUACCUAAAGUUAACAGUCAAAAACCGGCGGUUGAAUCUAUGACAAUGGCAUAUGUAAACUGUCGUUCGAUAAAUAGAAAUGGGUUUAAGCUAAAAGAUUGUGUUGUUGAUAAUGACUAUGAUUUAAUAGGUAUUACUGUAACGUGGCUGCCAAUUGAACCGAAUCCUUAUCGAAUCAUAUAA